AGAGCUGAACAUGCAGGCCAAGGCUAGGUCCACGGCGAUUUGCCCGUGUUUUGCAGGCUCGUAUAGAGCUGGAGGUUGAUCGUCGAUAAGUGCUUGUGGCACCUCAUCUGUUGUAGGUACCGACGAGAUGGUGGUACAAAAUUAGCCCUGCGCCCGCGCUGUGUGGGGAGAGGUUGACGUGCCUCCGCGGGUGGCGGCUUCUUCUCGCGGCGGCGGCGCGUGUAUGGGCUGCUGAUAUCGCUGCGAUAGGAGCAUAUACCUGCCCUUCGGUUUAUAAAGACUGCCCAUACCACGUCCUUAAGCCUUUCCCUCCGCCCCCUUCAGGACCCUCCUCGCCUUACAAGCGACAUUGCCCCCCCCCUCCCCAUUUUCGCUCAACAUGGGUGCUUUCAAAAAUUUCCUCGAUAGCUUCAAGCCAGAGACUCCUGGCUUUGGCCUGGAGCCGCAAGGCCCUGCAGUCGCCGACAAGCACACUGGCCAAGUCGUCACGGACGAAAAGGCUAGCGUCGGCUCUGGCAAUGGCGUCAACGAUUAUGGCAGCCCUGAGUAUGCCAACGUCCAACGUGUCCACAUGACCCCAGAGGGCGGUGCUAUCCUCACCUCCGAUGAGUCCGGACUCAAGAGGAAUCUCACGGGUCGACACAUGCAGAUGAUCGCCUUUGGUGGUUCAAUCGGCACUGGUCUUUUCAUUGGUUCCGGAGGCGCGCUCGCCAACGGUGGUCCCGGUUUCCUCCUCAUCGACUUUUUGCUCAUUGGUGCCAUGCUCUUCACCGUCGUCAUGGCUCUCGGUGAAAUGGCUACAACUUUCCCAGUCGCAGGAUCUUUUUCGGCUUACUCUACCCGCUUCAUUGAGCCCGCUUGGGGCUUCGCUAUGGGUUGGAAUUACUGGGCUCAAUGGUUCGUUGUGCUCCCUCUCGAACUUGUUGCUGCCUCGAUCGUCCUUCAAUACUGGGAUCCGACAUACAGUCAUGUGCCAGCCGGAGUGUACAUCAUGAUCUUCAUGAUCGCGAUUAUCAUUAUCAACCUGUUCGGCGUUCGCGGCUACGGAGAGUGGGAGUUCUUCGCUUCAUCAAUCAAGAUUUUGGCCGUUCUUGGCUUCAUCAUCCUUGGAGCUGUGAUCACUGCCGGAGGUGCCCCCGAUGGCCGAUACCGCGGUGCAGAAACUUGGCACAACCCAGGCGCAUUCGCCAAUGGCUUCCAAGGAUUCUGCUCCAUUUUCGUCACUGCCGCGUUCGCUUUUGCCGGCACGGAGCUGGUCGGGCUUGCCGCUGCUGAGACGUCAAACCCCCGCAAAGAGGUUCCCAAAGCGUGCAAGCAAAUCUUCUGGAGAAUUCUGGUCUUCUACGUCGUCACCCUGUUCCUCAUUGGACUGAUCGUGCCCUACACUGAGGAAAGACUCACCUCUGGCGCCACCUCGUACGAUGCUCGUGCCUCUCCUUUCGUCAUUGCCAUCGAAGAUGCAGGAAUCCGUGGACUUCCCUCCGUCAUGAACGCCGUCAUUCUGAUCUCCGUCUUGUCUGUCGGUAACUCCGCCGUAUUCGGAGCCUCGCGCACUCUGUGCGGUCUCGCUCAGAGCGGUCAAGCUCCCAAGGUCUUCAGAUACAUUGACCGCGAGGGACGUCCUCUCCCAGCCGUUGCCGUCAGCCUUAUCUUCGGAGCACUCGCCUUCCUCGUGUACGCUGGUGAUGAUGCCAACAACACCACCUUCAACUGGUUGCUUGCCCUCUCGGGUCUGUCUUCCAUCUUCUCUUGGGGAUCGAUCUGUCUCGCACACAUUCGUUUCCGCUCAGCAUGGGCUCGCGCCGGUCACACGCUCGAAGAGCUUCCAUGGACGACGCCUACAGGCGUUUACGGUAGUUGGUUCGGCUUCCUGUUCAACAUUCUCGUCCUCAUCUUCCAAGCCGUCAAGGCGGCGUGGCCGAUUUCUCCUUCGGACACCCCAGGAGGCAGAGCAUCGGACUUCUUCCAGUCCUACUUGGCGUUCCCUGUCGUCAUUGUUUGCUACCUGGUCUGCAAGGUGGUCACCAAGUCUCGUGUCGUCCGCAUCGAUGAAAUCGACUUGUCCACCGGCCGUCGGGACCCCGUUCCCGUUCAGGUACUGAGAGCUGAGCGCGAGGAGGCCGCUGCUCAGCCCUUCUACAUCAAAGUUUACAAGUUCCUGUGCUAGAUGAUAUGAUAAGGACAAAACUUUCCCGCUUCGACUUUUCUUGUGGUCAGCGCGCUUUCACGAGCAACCUCGCGAGCCAAAUGUCACGAUGUGUAACGCGACGGAAAUUUACAG